AUGGCCGGUUGCAGACUGCCAACUGGAAACACUGGCGGGUCCAUCAACAGCCCAGGAGAUAUUAUUAUAGGGGGAACGUUUCGAAUCCAUUUUGAACGAGUAGGCAAUGACCUGCAUUUCACUAGCAAACCCCCUGAAGUCCAAUGUCGUAUAAUUGCUACAGAAUUUUACCAGGGCUUGCAAGCCUUAAUAUUUGCUGUAGAAGAGAUUAAUGCUGAUACCGAGCUCCUUCCCAACGUCACGUUGGGCUUCCAGGCCUUGGACUCGUGCAAUACGUUACGGCGAGCAGCACAAGGGACUCUGUCAAUGUUGUCAGGGGGAAAGGAAGCCAUCCCUAAUUAUCAUUGUCACGGUGGGACACCCUUUGCUGGUCUUGUUGGCGACUCUAAGUCUUCCCGAUCCAUCCUUAUGGCCCAAAUCUUAGGGCUGUAUCACCACCCACAGAUCAGUUAUUUUUCAACCCACCCUCUUCUUGCUGAUCGGAACCUGUUCCCUUCCUUUUUUCGUACCAUCCCUAGUGAUGAGCUUCAAAUGAGAGGACUGGCCCAGCUCAUCUCUCAUUUUGGUUGGUCUUGGCUGGGCCUCUUGGCCAGUGAUGAUGACUAUGGUCAGUUUGGUCUUCAGAUGGUAAAACAGGAGAUAAUUAAUGCUGGAGCUUGUGUGGCCUUCUCUGAGACUAUUUUGACCAGUCAACCUGAUAGGAAUGCUCCCUAUCUUACAAACGUCAUUAAAGAGUCAACUGCAAAGGUGGUGGUUGUGGUUGCAUCUGAUUCAGACUUUGUGGUUGUGUUGGAAGAGCUGUUAAGACAAAAUGUAAGUGGCCAUAUCUGGGUAGCCAGUGAGGCUUGGGCCACUUCUGAUUUACUCUCAGAGGAACGAUUCAAAGGGAUUUUGCUGGGCACCAUUGGUUUUGCCAUCUUCCAUGGGAAUAUGUCCAAGUUUAGUAAGUACUUCAACAGCCUCAACCCAUCAAAAGAACUUUACGAUCCAUUCAUAAGGGAGUUUUGGGAGCAAAGCUUUGCUUGUACGUGGCUGUUUGACACAAAUCCAGUUAUUUUGAUCGGCAAUUCCACCAAAAAGUCAUGUACUGGAAAUGAAAUGUCAAAUGGCCUGCCACCUAAGGAAGACCAGAGAUUAUCUCUCAAUGUAUAUACUGCUGUCUAUGCCAUUGCUUGGGCUCUGCACAAUUUGCUUUACUGUAAGCCGGGCACUGGGCCAUUCUAUCUCGGGGGUUGUGCCAACAUCUCUUCAUUUCAGCCUUGGCAACUUCUCCAUUAUAUCAGAAACAUCAACUUUAAGACCAAAGAUGGGCGUCACGUCUUUUUUGAUGGGGCGGGGAACCCUCCAGCCGUGUAUGACAUAGUGAACUGGCAAGUUGGUGCCAGAGGAAUGCUUGAACAGGUUACAGUUGGGAGUUAUGAGCUGAAUGGUUCUAGUGGUAAAAUGUUCAACAUAGACAGAGCUAAAAUUGUAUGGAUCAACAACAACACACAGAUUCCAACUUCCAAGUGCAGCCCAAGUUGUCCUUCAGGAUAUAGGAAAGUGAUCAUUUCAGGGAAACCCCUGUGUUGCUAUGAGUGUGCCCGGUGUCCCCAGGGGCAGAUUUCUAAUCAAACAGGUAAUGCUGCGGAAUGUCAUCCAUGUUCCUGGGACACGUGGCCCAACCUACAGCAGGACAGAUGCCUACCAAGGCCUACAGAGUUCCUUUCCUAUGGAGAUCCUUUGGGUUAUAGUUUGGCGGCUGCAUCCAUCUUCUCCGCACUCGACCCACUUGUUAUAUUGGGAGUUUUUAUUCGUUAUAAGAAAACACCAAUAGUCCGAGCCAACAACUACUCCCUUAGCUGCCUUCUCCUGCUUUCCCUGUUCCUCUGUUUCCUUUGCUCUUUAGGGUUCAUUGGUUACCCACAGCCUGAAAAGUGCCUUCUGCGCCAGGUGGCAUUUGGGAUGGUUUUUGCCCUCUGCAUCUCCUGUGUUCUGGCCAAAACCAUCACUGUUGUCAUUGCCUUUAAUGCAACCAAACCCGGCAGCAGGUUAAGAAAGUGGACAGGGGUGAAGGUCUCCUACUGUGUCAUUGUGCUUUGUGCCUUGAUUCAGACAAUUGACUGUGCACUUUGGCUGAUCUUCUCUCCUCCCUUCCAUGAACUUGACACUGACACAAAACCUGGUGUGAUCAUAGUUAAUUGCAAUGAAGGGUCACCCACAGCUUUCUGGUGCAUGCUGGGAUACCUUGGCUUCUUGGCCUCCAUCAGUUUCAUUGUUGCCUUCCUGGCCAGACGCCUCCCUGACAGUUUCAAUGAAGCCAAAUUGAUCACAUUCAGUAUGUUGGCUUUCCUCAGUGUGUGGGUGUCCUUUAUCCCAGCCUAUCUCAGUGCCCGGGGCAUGUAUACUGUGGCAAUGGAGGUCUUUGCCAUCCUGUCUUCCAGUUGGGCGGUGGUGGGCUGUAUCUUUGUGCCAAAAUGUUACAUUAUAUUGUUCAGGCCCAACAUGAACUCCAGAGAACAUCUCAUGGGGAAAAAGAAGGGUGCAAAUAUGCCAUAG